UUCAAGUAUAUUAGUCAAUAAUUCUCCAAAUUUACCUUCACACUGUCUGCAUGGUAGACACCUGACUUUUACUUUCUUGGCAGUUCUGAGUAGAAGUUUCUAAAGUGGAUAGAAGAGAAAAGGUCUGGACUUCAGGCAGACCAGUUCAACACCUGCACUCUUCUUCCAUGAAUCCAUGUUGUUGUAGUAAAUUCAUUGUGUGCUUUCGUUCUGUCUUGCUGAAAUAUACAAGGUCUUCUCUGAAAUAGAUGUUGUGUGGAUUCUCUAAAACCUGUAUAUACUCAUAAGCACUGAUGGUGUUUUCCAGAUGUACAAGCUGCAGAUUCCUCAGACACUAAUGUACCCCCAUACCAUCAAAGAUGCAGCUUUUGGAGUGAACACUGACACCAGGCUGGACGGUCCUUCUACUCUAUCAUUUGGACGACAGUGUCAGUAGUUUCCAUAAAGAACUCCAAGUUUGGGUUCUUUUGUCCACAGAACAAUUUUCUACUUUUCUUUUUUCAAAUGAGCUUUGACUCAGAGAAGAUGAUGGCAUUUUAAAUCAGGUUCAUAUACAGUCGCGGAAAAAAUUAUUAGACCAUCAAAAGUCAUCAAAAACAACGGUUAUGCAAUCAAGUCCUAACUCCUGUGUGAAUCAUGUGACCAAAACAGACAGAAAAGAAAACAUGGAAUGUCUAAAAGCACUGUUUUUGGCAGUACAAUGCCAUAGCUAUUGAUGUAAGAACUGAAGUGAUUUUGGUUAUUAUCAAAAAAAAAACAUGGAAAAUGAAUAGAUAUCAGCUCAGAAAUUUAACUCUUAUGCACUAUUUGUGUUGUUAUCAUUAUAUUUGUCCAAACAAAUGUACAUUUAAUUGUACCAGGCAUUAAAAUGAACAAGAAAUUGAAGAAAACAAGGGUGGUCUAAUAAUUUUUUUCACAUCUGUUUUGGCUUCUUCUUUACAUGACAGAGUUUUAACAUGCAUUUGCGAGCUCACAAAUGUCUCUGUAUCUUACAUCCAAAGACUUACAAUGUGGCUGAUAUUAAAACAAAUCUAAUGUCAUGUGAAAGAUAUCUUAUCUUGAGAAUGUUGUUCAUGUAAAGCAGGAAACAGGUGACUGUUUUUAUAAUGAAAUCCAUACAGAGUCAGUUCUGUGGUUUAUUUGCGUCUCCACCCAAAAUGUGAGUAACUUUCUGCUGGUAGGCGUGAAUAUGCAGUAUUUAUACAGGGGCACAAGAUGAGCUUUGGAAAGGGAAGACUUGUAACCAAACUGUUGACUUCACUAUUACUGUUCCUGUACAUCAUUGUAGGAGAUGGCAGCACUCCCCAUCAUACAUGGCGGCCCCGGCCCGGUAAUUCCAGGAGGAUACGGUCCCAUUGAGGAGGCCACAGAGGGAUUUAAAAUUCUUUGUCAUCAGCUCAAGACCAGAGCCCAGGCAAAAACAAACAAAGUUUUUGAUGACUUUGUGGCAAUUUCCUACCGGGCUCAGAUUGUAGCUGGAAAAAACUUCAUAUUCAAGAUUCUUGUUGGAGAAGAAAACUACAUCCACGCCAAGGUCUUCUGGGCACUGCCCUGCUAUGGAGGAGGAGUGGUGCUGGUUGAUGUACAGGACAACAAGACUAAAACUGACUCCAUCGAACCUUUCUAAUGUGGCCGCAGUAAACUCAUCAACACCUCUGGGUUUGAAUACAGAGAGUUUUGCUUCUUUCACAUCAAUAAAAUAAAUAAUUCUUUAAAAUCAGCACAUUAAUCAGAUUAAAACAUGGCUGUGGGUAUGUGGUGUUCAGACCUUCAUAUUUUACCUCUCAGAUUAAAACACAUUUCAAUGAAGCAUCAAA